AUGAAUGUCGAAGAUCCAAAUUCUGAAGAAGCAGCCGAGUGGUCUGUUGAGCUUUGUGGUUGUGGGGGUGAUGUGGGUACCUGUUUAUUAACAUGUUGUGUACCAUGUGUCAUCUUUGGCCAAAUCGCACAAGUCCUGGAUGAAGGAAGUUCUUCAUGCUUUCUGCAAGGCUGCAUGUAUGGAUUGUUAAUGGCGUGCUCAUGUCACUGGUUGUUAUCGUGCGCAUACAGAGGAACAUUACGUAGAAAAUUAGGGUUACCGCCUCUCCCUUGUAAUGACUGUUGUGUCCAUUUCUGCUGUGAACCUUGUGCUCUCUGCCAAGAACAUGCCGAGUUAAAACGCAGACGAUUGCUCCCCACUUCUCAAGGUAAUGGGUCUGAUCCUCCACAUGCCCCACCACAACCUCCCACCAUGUAA